AUGUCCUAUAACUUUGAAUCUGGUUUAUCCGAAGCACUUGAACAAUUACUCAAAAUAGAAUCGUAUUAUGAUGUUAUCAUUCAUGUUGGAAAAGAACCUAAUUUUAAGGAAUUUCGUGCUCAUUCUAAUAUUUUAUGCUGUAGAUCUGAAUAUUUUAAUAAAAUAUUGUCUACUGAAAAUAUCGAAAAAAAAGAAGGGAAAUAUAUGAUUAAGAAACCAAAUAUUUCUCCUCAAGUUUUUGACAUUAUUCUUAAAUACAUUUAUACUGAUCAAAUUAAUAUUGCUAAUAAAAAUGGAACCGAACUUUUAGAUUUAAUGAUUAUUUUUGAUGAAUUAAUGUUGAAAAAAUUAACUAAAUUCACCGAAAAAUUUAUUAUUAAAAAUCAACAACGAUUCUUACAAAAUGAUCCAGUAGGAAUUCUUCGGAUAAUUUCCUAUUGUAAAGCACUUGUUAAUUUGCAAGAACUUUGUUUGGAUAAAAUUUGUUCUGGUCCAGAAAUUUUAUUCAAUUCUGAUAAAUUCACUCAACUAUCCGCUCCUUUAUUGGAAAUUAUUUUAAAACGUGAUGAUUUGAAUUUAAAUGAGAUAGAAAUUUGGGAAAAUUUAAUUAAAUGGGGAUUAGCACAAGAACAAGUACUUAAUCAAGACGUCUCUAAAUGGAACAAGGAUUAUUUUAAUAUCUUUAGAAGGAUUCUUUACAAGUUUAUUCCUUUGAUUAGAUUUUAUGAAAUAUCUAGUGAAGAUUACUUUAAUAAAGUUAAACCUUAUGAAAAAGUCUUAUCUAAAGAAUUAAGAAAUGAUAUUACUAAAUUUUAUAUGGUUCCUGGAUACAAACCACCAUAUACACCAAGAAAUUCAAAUAGAAGUUGGGAUCGAUUAGAACGAUUAAUCGAUUAA